AUGUGGCCGUUCACUUCUUCACCUUCUCCAGAAGCUACGUCUUCUGCUCCAAUCGAUCCUUCACCAUCUUCAUCAGCUGCAUCAGCGGACAAAUGUCCAGUUGACCAUGAAACUCGAUCUAAGUGGUUAUCUGCGAAUUCCGAUUCUAAUGAACCACAUCCAUUUCAUCCUUCUUCAGCCUCAUCAUCAUCAUCAUCAGCAGGUUCAUCGGCUGGAACGUCUAAUACACUCUCACAAGAUAGAGUAAUUUCGUCCAUUCCUAGAGCACCUCACAAUUCAUCAACCUCAUACAACUCGGAACAGGCACAUGCAUUGCCAGAAAUGAAAAAAGAUUCAGAGGGUAAAUGGGUUUAUCCAUCCGAACAACAAUUCUUUAAUGCAAUGUUAAGGAAAAACCAUAAACCACAACCUAAAGAUAUGAGAACAGUAGUACCGAUACAUAAUGCUGUAAAUGAAAAAGCAUGGGAAGAGAUCUUGAUGUGGGAAAGUAGGAUUGAGGGAUCGGAAAAAUGUGGUGGACCGAGAUUGGUCAGUUUUGUUGGAAAACCAAAAGAACGUUCUCCAAAAGCUUGGUUCAAAACUGCUUUGGGCUAUACACCACCGUUUGAUCGUCACGAUUGGCUCAUAGAUCGGUGCGGUACUCAAGUCCGAUAUGUCAUAGAUUUCUACUCGGGUCGAGCAGCAGCAGGAAACGACGCCUCGAAGAUGAGUUUCUACUUGGACGUGAGACCUGCUGUCGAUAACUGGGAGGGGAUAAGAACGAGAGCAACGGCCUGGUGGAGCUAG